UUUCUACCUCAUUCACCUUUACAGUUAGAUACUUAAGUUGGUCUCUGAAUCUCUGUUUCUCAUAAAUGGGGAUUUUCGAACCCUUCCGUGCUAUUGGGUAUAUUACAAGCAGUGUUCCCUUCUCCGUGCAGAGAUUGGGAACUGAAACUUUUGUCACUGUCAGCGUUGGAAAAGCUUGGCAGGUUUACGAUUGUGCUAAGCUGUCGUUGGUGCUUGUUGGUCCUCAAUUGCCAAAGAAGAUCCGAGCUCUUGCAUCCUAUCGAGACUACACAUUUGCUGCGUAUGGGAAUAACAUUGGCGUUUUCAAACGUGCUCACCAGGUAGCAACAUGGACCAGGCAUAACAAUAAGGUCAAUUGGUUGCUAUUGUUUGGAGAACAUGUCCUAAGUGUUGAUGCUAAGGGUAAUCUGUUCAUAUGGCCUUUCAAAGGGCUCGAAGAGAAUCUUGCUCCAAUUGGACACAUUCUCCUAGAAGACAAAUUCAACCCUAGCUGCAUAAUGCAUCCUGACACUUACUUAAACAAGGUUAUAAUUGGGAGUCAGGAAGGUUCACUGCAGCUUUGGAAUAUCAGCACAAAGAAGAAAAUUUAUGAGUUCAAAGCCUGGAAUUCACCUAUAUUUUGCUGUGUUUCCUCACCUGCACUAGAUGUAGUUGCAGUUGGCUGUGCUGAUGGGAAAAUUCAUGUUCAUAAUAUUCGGUAUGACGAAGAAAUAGUUACAUUUAGCCAUUCUGCACGAGGUGCCGUGACUGCCUUGUCGUUUAGGACUGAUGGACAGCCUCUUCUAGCAUCUGGAGAUUCAUCUGGUGUCAUAAGCAUAUGGGAUCUUGAGAAGAGAAAGCUCCAAUCAGUCAUAAGAGAGGCCCAUGACAAUUCAAUAAUAUCGCUACACUUUUUCACUAAUGAGCCUGUGCUUAUGAGUUCUUCUGCUGAUAACUCUAUAAAGAUGUGGAUAUUUGACACGAGUGAUGGGGAUCCUCGCCUUUUACGCUUCCGAAGCGGCCAUAGCGCUCCUCCACUUUGCAUUAGGUUUUACGCUAAUGGAAGACACAUUUUAUCUGCUGGUCAGGAUCGCGCCUUUCGUCUCUUCUCUGUUAUUCAGGAUCAACAAAGUAGAGAGCUUUCUCAGCGUCAUAUCUCUAAAAGGGCAAGGAAGCUUAGGAUGAAGGUGGAAGAAAUAAAAUUGAAGCCUGCUGUUGCAUUUGAUUGUGCUGAGAUCCGUGAACGUGAUUGGUGCAAUGUUGUAACCUGCCAUAUGGAUACUCCACGGGCAUAUGUGUGGAGGCUUCAGAACUUUGUCCUUGGUGAGCACAUCCUAACACCAUGCUCGGACAAUCAAACACCCAUUAAGACUUGUGCAAUUAGUGCUUGUGGUAAUUUUGCUGUUCUGGGGACAGAAGGUGGUUGGAUUGAGAGAUUUAAUCUUCAAUCAGGAAUCAGCCGAGGCAGCUACAUAGACAUUUAUGAAAAAAGCAGCUGUGCCCAUGACAGUGAAGUGGUUGGAGUUGCUUGUGAUGCUACAAAUUCCCUCAUGAUAAGUGCUGGAUAUCAUGGAGAUGUAAAGAUCUGGGAUUUCAAGGGCCGUGAAUUGAAAUCCAGAUUGGAAGUCGGUUGCUCUGUGGUCAAGUUACUUUAUCACCGAUCCAAUGGGCUUUUGGCAACUGUAGCUGAUGAUAUGGUUAUCCGGGUGUUUGACAUUGUUGCCUUAAGAAUUGUUCGUAAAUUUGAAGGCCAUACAGAUCGAAUUACUGACCUGUGUUUCAGUGAGGAUGGGAAAUGGCUUUUGUCAUCCAGUAUGGAUGGAAGUCUUAGAAUCUGGGAUGUUAUCCUCGCAAGACAGAUUGAUGCUGUACAAGUGGAUGUGGCUAUCACGGCAUUGUCCCUGUCACCCAAUAUGGAUGUUUUGGCAACUUCUCAUGUUGAUCAAAAUGGUGUCUUUCUGUGGGUGAACCAGGCCAUGUUCUCUGGAGCUUCUUAUGUGGAUUUCUAUGCUAGGGGGAAAGAAGUUGUCAGUGUCAAGUUGCCAGGUUUCUCUUCGAAGGAAAUAGCUGAUGAGGAGAAUCAUGAGAACCAUAUUGGGUGUAAAUUACAUGUUAAGGACACUGCUUAUGCCUCACUUUUGAAUCAUCAAAUCCCUGAUCUAGUAACUCUCUCAUUGUUGCCAAAGAGCCAGUGGCAAAGCUUGAUCAAUUUGGACAUUAUAAAGGUCCGCAACAAACCAAUUGAGCCACCCAAAAAGCCAGAAAAGGCUCCGUUUUUCUUGCCGGCAGUCCCAUCUUUUUCUGGAGACAUAUUGUUCAAACCUACUGGCACAGCUGUUGAAGAAAAGGAGAAAAGAGAUGAUGAGAUGAAAACCAGUAAAAGGAAAUCUGAUCUACAGACCUCCCAAUUUCUGCAAUUGCUUCUUUCCUCUGCGGAAAUGAAAAAUUUUUCACAAUUUACAGACUACAUCAAAGGUUUAUCUCCAUCGACAUUAGAUUUGGAGCUCCGGAUGCUUCAAAUUAUAGAUGAUGAAGAUCAGCAAGAGCCCGAAAAGAGAUCUGAAUUAUAUUCCAUUGAGCUGCUACUUGAUUACUUCAUACAUGAGAUUUCGUGUAGAAAAGACUAUGAGUUCAUUCAAGCAGUAAUUAGAUUGUUUCUUAAGAUACAUGGUGAAACAGUUAGGCGCCAGUCUAAACUUCAGGACAAAGCAGAGAAGCUUUUAGAAGUUCACAGUUCAGUAUGGCAGACACUGGAUAAGAUGUUUCAAAAUGCAAGUUGCAUGCUUACAUUUCUCAGCAAUUCACAGCUCUAAGUAGGGAAGAGCAAAGCACAAGGGGAAGUAGCUG